CGCUACCAGACAACGACGAUGCUGCCAGAUGAGAUCAUUGCGCAACUGACUGGCGAAUUUGCCUGUCGCGACCAGCAGAUUCAGCACCUGGCUGCUUUGUACACUGCGCAUCUCCCCUCACCACCCUUCAUCAACAUCCAUGGCCUGACGGCGACGGGCAAGUCGUCCAUCCUGCGUGCAUACUUCCAUUCUGCGCAGAUACCGCACACCAUCGUCAACGUGCGCGAAUGCAUAACCACCCGGCAUCUUCUCGAGCGCAUUGUGGCAGCAUCUCUCGAUGCAUUGGAGGAGCUGGACGACGAGAAGAUCGAUAGAAGACCAUACGCGCGGACAGAGAACCUAAGCGCACUAUGCGUCAACCUCCAGAAGAUGUUGGAAGGGAGAGAGAAGUUCGUGUUGGUACUGGAUGCAAUCGACAAGCUUAGAGAAGGUGGUGGCACGCUCAUUGCAGCGCUGGGCAGAUUGGGCGAAACGAUACCGACUCUCUCCCUCAUCGUUGCAACCACCCUCCCCAUCGCGCCCUCGCUACGACUUUCCUCUUCCAUACCCUACAUCGCCUUCCCGCCCUACACCCGCCCACAACUCCUCACCAUCCUCGGCAAGAACCCCCCAAAAGUCUUCCUCACGCCUCCCUCCGCAGAAAAGUACCCAGACGGCACGCCUGACCCCGCCGCCGAAGACGACGCCUGGCUGUGGAACCGCUUCCUCGGCGCCGUCUACGACAGCAUCAGCAAACACACCGGGCGCGACCUGCUCAGCUUCCGUUCCACCGCUCUGCGCCUAUGGCGAGAAUUUGUCGCGCCCAUCGUCAAAUGCGAAUUUGGCACACGAGACUUCUCGCGCCUCAUGGUAAAUCGACGGCAUUUAUUCCAGGGCGAGGAGGCGGUGCUGGACCGCAUCGUCACGCCCAAACCCGCGGUCACAAAUGGCGAUAGUGGAUCGGUAGUGAAGAGGAAAGCAGUACCAGGCGUCGUGCAGAAUCUCCCGUUCUACACAACGCACCUCCUCAUCGCUGCCUACCUUGCGAGUUACAAUCCCGCGAGGACGGAUGUAACGUAUUUCAUGAAGCACACUGAUAAGCGCAAGAACAAACGUCGCGCUCCUGGCGUUGCGAGCUUGUCUACAACGUCCAAAGGCGGUGUGAAGCACCGCCGUGUCCCGAGGCAUCUACUUACGCCGAGUCCAUUUACGCUUGAUAGGCUGUUCGCGAUUUUCAGAGCGCUGCUCGUGGAUGGCGUGCCUCAGACUGCGGAUCUGUACACGAGUGUGGCGACGCUGACGAGUUUGAAGUUGCUUGUUAGGACGGGUGUGGGCGGCGCGAGUGAUGCGCUUGAGGCUGG